AUGGACUCGAUUCCCCUCGCCUAUCUCCCUUGCGACUGCUGGGUACAGAUACUAGAGUAUCUGCCAAAACAGGACUUGAAUAACCUGUCACAAGUUUCUCACGAUAUUCGUGCCUCAACUGAGCUAUUCCUGUAUCGACGAAUCCACUGGGACUGGAAGAAUCCCCCGACCCACAAAAUCUUGGCCCUCCUGCGAACUAUCUCCGAGCGACCAGAGUUGGCUUACUACAUCUGGCAUGUUAGCUUUGUAUGGUGGGAUGUGGAAUCCGAGAGAACAGAGGUCUUCCUCCCCAAAGGAGGAAUGGCUGGCUGGGCCAAGAUGAUGCUACGGUUUAGGCCCACUUUGAGAUGGGCACGGAAGGUUGUUCGAGAGGCACAAUACCCAAAGCUCGAUGCCAAAUGGCUCCCAGGACUGUCUGAUGGAGACCCUUACGUCUACGCCACCUUGCUGGUCUCGCAACUGCACAACCUUCGCAGCCUUCGACUGGACUUUUCGUUCGUGCUUGAAGGUGGCUUCCCUGGGGAAAUGUUGCAUCAUUCUCUCUUCGGUAACGCACCCCCUGGUGCAAUAAGUCGGUUUUCAAAAUUGGAAAUGGCCGACUACGGAAGCAAUUUGCCUCUCACGGAAUUCCGCGACGCUGUCAGAUUUGGCGCAUCUUGUCAAUUCGUGCCCUGGUUCCACCUUCCUUCCUUGAGAACUCUCGAGAUAUGGCUCCAUAACAUGGAGGGAAUUUGUUUCUUCCCUGCACAGACGCCGAGAGGAUUCUUGAAUUUGCCAAACCUGCGCAGUCUUGUUAUAGCCAAGACACGUGCUCCACCUGAGGACAUCGCUACACUGCUGUCUCAACUGCCAUAUCUCGAGUCAUUGCAUGUGGGCAUGGCCUACAAAUGCCGGGAAACUGCCGAGUUUCUCAGGGAGCCUAAGUGCCUCAUUCGUGCCUUGGAGACUUGCGGUCAAUCUAUCAAGCAUCUUUCUCUCGGCGUGGAGAUUCUCCCAUGUUGCCGCGAAACCUUCCGUCUGCUUGCGAUGGAUGAAGGUGGGAAGCCUUUUCGUGGCAUUUUGAAGAGGUUUCCUAAACUAAAAACGGCAUCUUUACCGCUCUACUUCCUCAUCGGUUGGGAUACAGAGCCCUACGAGCUUCGAGAUGUACUGCCAUCAACUCUUGAAGCCCUUCAUAUAAGCUCUGAUCUCUGGCAGCCCUCAGAAUGGACGGGAUUCGAAAUGGAAGCGCUCAAGGCAUUAGAGUCAUUGAUGAGACACAAACAAAAAGGCUCUCACCCUUCUCUCGAAACUUUCUCCUACCAUGGAAUGCAUACGGUUCAUACUCCUGAACGCAAUGCUCUGGGCCUCCACGACCAAUUCAACUACAUCUACUUGAUUAAGCGGGAAGCAAUGAAUCUAUUCUGUCGCAGAAAAGGGUACAAACUGUUUACUCGAUAUUCUGACUGCGCAAAUGGUUUCAUGUCAAAGAGUGCGACAUGGAUAGACAACGUCGUUUACUGGCUCCCUUGGCCGUUCGUUAGGGUCGAUGAGCUCCCUGCAAGCAUGCCUCGAUAUUCUAUCGCCACAACGGCCAAAUCAUUGCAUGAGGAAUUAACUGGUCCAAAUGAAUGGGUGCAAAUCCAAUUCAUGUGA